AUGCUUGUCCAAACUGCUCUCGUCGCAUUGAGUGCGACUCUGGCUGCCGCUGUCAAGCCUCUCACCGUCAAGGGCAAUGCCUUCGUCACUGAGGGCGGCGAAAAGUUCCAGAUCGUAGGUGUCGACUACCAGAUUGGCGGCAGCGCCGGCUACGACCCUUCCCACGGUCGCGACCCCCUCAGCGAUGGUGACAUUUGCCUGCGCGAUGCUGCCCUUCUGCAGCGCCUGGGCGCCAACGCCAUCCGCGUCUACAACCUGGACCCCAACUUGAACCAUGAUGCUUGCGCUUCCGUCUUUAACGCAGCUGGCAUGUACAUGAUUCUCGACGUCAACUCUCCCCUCGUCGGCGAGAGUAUCACGAGUUUCGAGCCCUGGACCAGCUACUACGCUGCCUACCUCAACCGCACCUUCGCCAUCGUCGAGGCUUUCAAGAGCUACCCCAACACCCUCGCCUUCUUCUCCGGCAAUGAGGUCAUGAAUAACGUUCAGACGGCCGAGUUCGUUCCCCAGUACCUCCGCGCCGUCACUCGCGACUUGAAGAACUACAUCGCCAAGCACUCCGACCGCGCCAUCCCCGUCGGUUACUCCGCUGCUGACGUGCGCGAGAUUCUCGUCGACUCCUGGAACUACCUGCAGUGUGCUGAGAACGGAGACGCCAAGGACCCCAGCCGCAUCGAUCUCUUCGGCCUCAACUCCUACUCGUGGUGCGGUGAUUCCAGCUUCAAGACCUCCACCUACGACCAGCUCGUCUCUAGUCUGAAGGACACCUCUGUGCCCGUCUUCUUCUCCGAGUUUGGCUGCAACCAGGUCACCCCUCGCCCCUUCACCGAGAUCGGCUCCAUCUAUGGCUCCGACAUGAACUCCGUCUUCUCCGGAGGUCUCGUCUACGAGUACAGCCAGGAGGACAACAACUAUGGUCUCGUCAAGGUCAAUGACGAUAAGUCCGUCAAGCUGCUCAUUGACUACCAGAACCUUGCCACGCAGUACAAGAAGGUCGACUUCAAGACCCUGCAGGCCACUAAGGCUCCUUCCUCCUCUCCGGACCCUCCCAAGUGCGCCUCGUCCCUGAUCAAGGAGAAGGGAUUUAACAACAACUUCACCCUGCCGGACGUUCCCCCUGGUGGCCAGGACCUCAUCGACAACGGUAUCAAGAACAAGCCCUCUGGCAAGAUCAUCUCCAUCUCCGACUGGACCGUCAAGCACAAGGUCUACGAUGUUGAUGGAAAGACGGAGAUCACUGGCCUCGCCGUCUCUCCCCUUGCCGACUCCGACUCCAACACUCCCGGCACUAACACUGGCGGUACCACUAUUCCUGCUGCCACCGGCACCUCCACCCCUACCGGCACUUCCACCCCUGCGUCGAGCACCACCCCCAAUGCCGGCAUCGCAGUGCGCCCCGAGGUUGCCGCUCUUGCUGCACCUCUGCUUGCUCUUUUGUUCUUGUAA